GCACAACCAAGAAGAGUUGUGAAUAUCCUUGAGAGAUAUGUGAGGUGUUGUUUUUGAGAGUUUUUAGUUAGAGCUUGUAUGUCUCUUCUUUCUAUUCUUGAAAGUAAUAGAAGUGUUUUUCUCUCAUAUUAGCACGAUCCUGUUAUUCCCAACAAGUGGUAUCAGAGCCAGGUUGAGCUUUUGAUAUUUUUCCCAGAUUUUUUCAGAUAAAAUUCUACUGUCUGAAAAAUCGAGUUUUUCAGUAUUGCUCGGAAUUGCAAUCAAAAUAUACCGUUGGAUUCGUCUCGUCGAGACGAGAAAACUGGUAUUUUUGGGGAUUUUUUUGGCCACCGGAAGCUGCCGUACGCGCCGCCAAACGCCGGCCAAAAACUGCUUGCGUCAUGCUGACGUCAUCACGCGCAGACAGAGGUUGAAGACAGCUGACGUCAUCGCUGACGUCAUCAGCCAGCCAGAGCUGCGUCAGCGACACGUCAGCACCACAUGUGCAGUCCCAGCACAGUCAGCCGCCACGUCACCAGUCAACUGCCAACUUUCACCAGCGCCCAGUCAGCUGCCACGUCAUCGCCCAGUCACUGCCACGUCACCGCCACGUCAUCUGCCACGUCACCGGUCAGUUUGUAAUUUUGAAAAUUUGCAGUUUGGUCCCUCAAUUUUUGGAAAAUUAUAAUUUCCACCUAUAAUUUUUCGAAAAUUGUAUUUUGACCCCGAAAGUGCCUACCCACCACUUUCGGCCGUUCCGGACGCAACGGUGCUGCCCGUUUUUCGAAAUUCGGCUCCGAUUUUUCUGAAACAGAAAAUCAAAAUUAUUUAGAAGGUGAAAAUGACCUUUGACGAGUCAACUUCAUCUUCCGGAGCUAUGAUUAUGCUCACGGCUACCAACUACACGCUAUGGAAACCUCGGAUGGAAGAUUUCCUUAGUUGUAAAGACCUUUUUGAUCCAAUAGAGAUGAAAGGUAUUAAUUCUGAUCCGGCCAAGUCAACGGAGUGGAAGAAAAUUAAUAGAAAAACUAUUGGUCAAAUCCGACAAUGGAUUGACCAUAGUGUCUUCCACCAUGUUGCACAAGAAACCGAUGCUUAUGCCCUUUGGAAAAAGCUAGAAGAUAUGUACCAGGCCAAGACCGCUAGGAACAAGGCCCUACUGAUGAGGCGUCUUGUCAAUAUGAAGCUCAAAAGUGGAACUUCUGUUGCCGAACAUACUAGUCAAUUUCAGAGUCUGGUAAAUCAACUAUCUUGUGUAGAAAUGCCACUUGGAGAUGAAAUGCAAUCUCUACUGCUUCUUAGUUCCCUUCCUGAUAGUUGGGAGACACUAGUUGUUACUCUCAGCAACUCAGCCCCAGAUGGCAAACUUACCAUGUCUGUGGUCAAGGAUGCAUUGUUCAAUGAGGAGGCAAGAAGGAAAGACAUGAGCACAGAUGAGACUCAUGCCCUUGUGACAGAGAAUAGAGGAAGAUCACAAGGAAAACAACAAAGAAACAGUAGAGGGAAAUGGCAAAGCAGGGGCAAAAGUCGGGGGAGAUCAUCAGAUGGCCGGAAACCUUCUUAUACCUGCCACCAUUGCGGUAUAGAGGGUCACAUGAAGAAGAAUUGCUACAAAUUGCUAGAGGAGCGAGGCAAGAGCAAUUCUCAAGUGAAGAGCAAGGGUGGUGAAGCGCUCAUCACAAUCUCAGGUGAUGUGGCGUAUUGUACUAUCAAUGAUGAAACAUGCCUUCACGUCUCAAGAGAGGACACUGAAUGGGUGGUAGAUACUGCAGCAUCCUACCAUGUUACUCCCCACAGGUACUACUUCACAACUUACAAAGCUGGAGACUUUGGAGCAGUGAAGAUGGGCAAUUCCAGUUCAUCUGAAAUAGCUGGAAUUGGUGAUGUACAAAUAAAGACGAGUUCUGGGAGCACAAUCACUUUGAAGGAUGUCAGACAUGUUCCAGACCUUCGUCUCAAUCUCCUGUCAGUGGUAUGUCUUGACGAACAGGGGUAUGAAAACUACUUUAACAGGGGCACCUGGAAAAUGUCAAAGGGCAUUUUGACAAUCGCUCGAGGACAUGUUUGUGGCACAUUGUACAAAACCCAUUUGAGGAUUUGUACGGAAAGCCUCAACAUUGCUGAGGAGACUUCUCAGAAUCUGUGGCACCUGAGACUCGGCCACAUCGGUGAGAAAGGGCUGACUACCUUGAUCAAGAAGAACCUUAUCAACAUCGACAAGAAUGCUGCACUGGGUCCUUGCAGUCAUUGUCUGUUUGGUAAGCAUCAUAGAGUAUCAUUUAGUUCUACUUCAGCUAAAAGAUCAGAGUUGUUAAGUUUGGUACACUCCGACGUCUGUGGUCCUUUCGAGGUGGAAUCAAUCGGUGGAAGCAGAUAUUUUCUGACUUUUAUUGAUGAUGCUUCUCGGAAAGUGUGGGUGUAUUUCCUGAUUACGAAAGAUCAGGUAUUUGAGUGCUUCAAGACAUUUCACGUCCUGGUGGAACGUGAAACGGGAAAGAAGCUGAAAUGUCUCCGAUCUGAUAAUGGAGGCGAGUACACAUCCAAGGCGUUCGAUGCAUAUUGCAGAGAAUAUGGCAUUCGACAUGAGAAGUCAGUACCACGCACCCCUCAGCACAACGGCGUUGCUGAAAGAAUGAACCGGACUAUCAUGGAGCGUGUCCGGAGCAUGCUGAAUAUGGCUAAGCUUCCGAAGUCAUUCUGGGCAGAAGCAGUCAACACCGCAUGCUACCUUAUCAACCGAUCACCUUCGGUACCACUGAACUUUGAAGUUCCAGAGAGGUUAUGGACAGGUAAGGAUCCUACAUACUCACAUCUUAGAGUAUUUGGUUGUUCAUCAUAUGCACAUGUAUCCAAAGAGCUCAGGCAGAAGCUCGAUGCAAGAACUAUCCCAUGCAUUUUCGUUGGCUAUGGAAAUGAAGAGUUUGGAUACAGGCUAUGGGAUCCUAAGGAGAAAAAGGUGUUCAGAAGUAGGGAUGUUGUGUUCCACGAAGAUUUGACAAUAGAAGACAUUGAAAAACCCACAAUGUCUCGGAAGUCAAAUGAGGGUGCUCAAGUUUCAAAUGAAGCACCAGAAGAGGACGAAGUGCAUGAAGAUAACUCAGAAGCAGAAGAACACGAGGAGACAGAAGAGAGUGCAGGGCAAGGGGAGACACAAUCCACCCCGCCAGACACAGAUGAUGGUAGCUCUUCUCAUAUGGUCCCUACUGUUCGUAGAUCUGAACGAGGGCAUAUACCAUCGACAAGGUACACAUCAUCUGAAUAUCUUUUGUUAACUGAAGAUGGAGAACCAGAGAGUUUUCAAGAAGCUGUAUCUCAUAAGGAUAAAGAAAAAUGGCUAAUAGCAAUGCAGGAUGAGUUAGAAUCUCUGCAGAAAAAUCAAACUUAUGAGAUCGUAGAACUUCCUAAAGGGAAGAAGGCACUGAGGAACAAAUGGGUGUUCAAGCUGAAGAAGGAUGCAAACGGACAAGUGGUGAAACACAAAGCUCGGUUGGUUGUCAAAGGGUUCCAGCAGAAGAAAGGAAUUGACUUUGAUGAGAUCUUUGCACCAGUUGUCAAGAUGACCUCAAUCCGAGUUAUACUUGGCUUGGCAGCAAGUAUGAACUUGGAGCUUGAACAAAUGGAUGUGAAGACAGCAUUUCUUCACGGAGAUUUGAAAGAAGAAAUCUACAUGCAGCAGCCAGAAGGUUUUGAGAACUCAAAUGAUAAUUUUGUGUGUAAAUUAUCUAAGAGUUUGUAUGGCUUGAAGCAGGCACCAAGGCAGUGGAAUAAGAAGUUUGACUCAUGCAUGAAGAGUCAAGGCUACAAGAAGACUACUGCGGAUGAGUGUGUAUACAUCAAGAAACUUUCAGACGGUACUUUCAUUGCUCUUCUACUAUAUGUAGACGACAUGUUGAUCGUUGGGAAAGAUGCAGUGAAGAUAAACCAGCUGAAGAAAGAACUCUCUAAGUCUUUUGAUAUGAAAGACUUAGGACCGGCUCAACAGAUUCUUGGGAUGCAGAUCACUCGAGACAGGAAGAAUCGCAAGUUAUGGCUAUCUCAGGAGAAGUACAUUGAACGAGUACUUGAGAGAUUCAACAUGAAUGAUGCCAAACCAGUAAGUGUUCCACUUGCGAAUCACUUCAAGUUGAGCAAAAGAACAUGCCCUACAUCCAAGGAAGAGAUCGGGGAGAUGUCAGCAGUUCCAUAUUCUUCAGCAGUUGGGAGUUUGAUGUACGCCAUGGUAUGCACAAGGCCAGACAUCGCACAGGCAGUGGGUACAGUGAGUCGUUUUCUCUCUAACCCCGGGAAGGAGCAUUGGGAGGCAGUCAAAUGGAUUCUCAGGUACUUGAAAGGUACCACGAAGUUAUGCCUUUGUUACGGAGGAGCUGAUCCAGUCUUGGAAGGCUACACAGAUGCUGAUAUGGCCGGAGAUACUGAUAGUAGAAAGUCUACUUCAGGAUAUAUUUACACUUUUGCAGGGGGAGCCAUUUCUUGGCAAUCAAGAUUGCAGAAGUGUGUCGCUUUAUCUACAACAGAAGCAGAAUACAUUGCUGCCGCUGAAGCAGGUAAGGAAAUGUUGUGGCUAAAGCGCUUUCUCCAAGAACUUGGGAUCCAGCAGAAAGAGUACAAGGUACAUUGUGACAGUCAGAGUGCUUUAGACUUAAGCAAGAACUCCAUGUACCAUUCUCGUACAAAGCAUAUUGAUGUUCGGUAUCACUGGAUACGAGAGACGAUUGAUCAACAACUGUUGAGACUAGUGAAGAUCAAUACAAAGGAGAAUCCAUCAGACAUGCUGACGAAGGUGGUGACACGGGAUAAGCUAGAGCUGUGUAGAGACAUAGUCGGGAUGCUUGUUUUGAAUAUGCCUGGAAGGGGAGAAUUGAAGAAUUCAAUUUCCAGGUCAUAUCCAAGUACAAGCAAAUUGAAGAAUCCAAUUCCUAAUUUCCCUGAAGUUUCCUCCAUGUGCAAGAAUGACAAAGGGAUCUUCCAUACACCUAGGAGUGACCUUCCUUCCAACCACCAUUGAAGCUUCCUUCCACCUUCAUAGUACCUAGUUUUGGUGCUAUAAAUAGAGAGCUUGGAGAGUCUUUCUAUCAUCAAGUAAAUUAGAAUAGAUCAUCAUAGCACAACCAAGAAGAGUUGUGAAUAUCCUUGAGAGAUAUGUGAGGUGUUGUUUUUGAGAGUUUUUAGUUAGAGCUUGUAUGUCUCUUCUUUCUAUUCUUGAAAGUAAUAGAAGUGUUUUUCUCUCAUAUUAGCACG